AUAUAUCUUCCAAGAUUUUUUAAUUUGAUUGAAAUGGGAAGUAGAGGUGGUGAGAAAAUAGGGUUUGGAAUGGCAAUGGCUUUGUUUGUUGUGGUAUUCUUACAAACAUCAGAUCAGCUGUUGGCCAUUAAUUUAGACAUAAACAACACAAGAUACAGAAGAUCAGUUAGCAGGUUGAGACUAGCCAGGAUUCACAAGCAUUUGGACAAGAUUAACAAACCUUCCCUCCUCACCAUUCAGAGCCCAGAUGGAGACAUCAUAGACUGUGUCCACAAGAGAAAACAGCCUGCAUUCGAUCACCCCCUUUUGAAAAAUCACAAGAUUCAGGCAAGUAUGCAGAGAGUUCCCCCAGCAAUGCCAAAGGCCAUGGAAAGAGCCACAAUAAAUAAUGAAAGUAGCACAAAUAUUAUUACAAGCCAAGGAUGGCACCAAACUGGGCAGUCCUGUCCGAAGGGAACAGUGCCCAUCCGGCGCACCACCGUCGGCGACGUGCUCCGAGCUAAGUCGCUCUACCAUUUCGGCAAGAAACGGACAGUCGCAAAGUUUGAUCCUCAACCAGCUCGACACCGUCCCCCGGACAUCGGCAGCAACACCGGUCAUGAGCAUGCGAUUGCUUACACGAGAGCGCCGGAAGAGAUAUACGGUGCCAAAGCGACAAUGAAUGUGUGGGAGCCGUCGAUACAAGUGUCGAGCGAGUUCAGCCUAUCACAGAUUUGGGUAUUGUCCGGCUCUUUCGAUGGCUCAGAUCUCAACAGCAUCGAAGCCGGCUGGCAGGUUAGCCCGGAGCUGUACGGUGACACGAGGCCCAGAUUAUUCACCUAUUGGACGACAGAUGCCUAUCAAGCUACGGGAUGUUACAAUCUAUUAUGUUCCGGGUUUGUGCAAACAAAUAGUCGAGUAGCUAUUGGCGCGGCCAUUUCGCCAGUGUCGUUGGUAGGGGGAAAUCAAUUCGACAUCACAAUCCUCAUAUGGAAGGAUCCCAAGUCCGAAAAUUGGUGGUUGGGCUUUGGCGACAAUACGCUAGUGGGCUAUUGGCCGAGCGCUUUAUUCACCCACUUAGCGGAUCGGGCCACCAUGGUCGAGUGGGGAGGAGAAAUUGUGAACUCGCGAACAAACAACGAGCACACAUCAACCCAAAUGGGCUCGGGCCAUUUCGCCGAUGAAGGAUUUGGUAAAGCAAGUUAUUUUCGAAAUUUAGAGAUUGUUGACUCGGACAAUAAUCUAGGUUCCCCCGAAGAUAUAACCACCUUGGCCGAAAACUCAAAUUGUUAUAACAUUAUACGUAAUUCGGACAAUAGGGUAUGGGGAGAAUAUUUUUACUACGGCGGGCCGGGAAGAAAUCCGAACUGUCCCUAAGUGUAUGUAUAUAUAAACAUUGGGGAAUAUGCACAUACAUAUAUACAAUUCUUUUCUCUUUUUUUGUAUGUACAAUAGUUUUGAUGAGAAUUGGGGAAGAUACUAAUAAAAGCAACAUCAAAACAUUGUGUUCA